UCAAAAAGUAAGUGCUUCUGUUCAAAAAGUAAGUGCUUCCGAAAAUACGUUUAUUUUGAAAUGCAUGGAAAAAAACGUUGACGCCAGGUCCCACGGUAAUCUCGCGAUAGACUGGAACACGGCUUAAAUCAAGGAAGUCGCAAGAUGGAGAACUUGCAUCUCUCACAGGGAUAGUGCAGUCUCCCGUGCUGUCAAAGGAUGCCGCUCAUCGCCAGGAACACAAAGAACUCUGGGACACGGACUGCCUCUGUAACUUGCAACCCAGCCGGUUGCUGGGUGUUCAGAAGACGAGAGAAAAGAUGCCCGUUGUCUUCAUUGUCUGUGCCAGAUAGUAGAGAGAAGCAGUGCGUCUAACCUCUGUGUUCGACAAACUCCCCAACCACAACGCCUUUAAAACCUUAACACAACACACACAAAAACAACCAAAAAAAACUAUGAACUUUCUUACAGCCCUCGUGACGUUUGAGAACAUCCAUGAGGUCCGGAGGUUGUGUCACUGGGGCCCAGUGAUAGCCCUGACAGUCAUCGCCGUGUGCUCCUCCAUGGCCAUAUUAGACUCCAUUAUCUGGUACUGGCCAUUGGACACCACAGGAGGGAGCUUCAACUUCAUCAUGCUCAUCAACUGGUCCGUGCUCAUUCUCUACAACUACUUCAACGCCAUGUUCGUGGGCCCUGGUUACAUCCCCCUUGGCUGGAAACCAGAGAAGGAAGAAGACACCAAGUACCUUCAGUUCUGCAGAAUGUGCCAAGGCUACAAGGCCCCGAGAUCCCACCAUUGCCGCAAGUGCAACAGGUGUGUGAUGAAGAUGGAUCACCACUGCCCGUGGAUCAACAACUGCUGCGGCCACCAGAACCACGCCUACUUCACCAGUUUCCUGCUGUUGGCGCCUCUCGGCUGCUCGCACGCCGCUUUCAUCUUCAUCAUGACCAUGUACACACAGCUCUACGAGAGGAUAUCCUUUGGCUGGAGUACCGUGAAGAUCGACAUGAGCGCCGUCAGACGGUUUCAACCCAUCAUGCCGUUCAGCGUACCCGCCUUCGCUGCCACUCUCUUUGCCUUAGGGCUGGCACUGGGCACCACCAUAGCCGUUGGCAUGUUGUUCUUCAUACAGAUGAAAGUCAUCCUUCGAAACAAGACCUCCGUUGAGGCCUGGAUCGAGGAAAAGGCCAAAGACAGAAUUCAGUACUACCAAACGGGGGAAGAGUUUAUCUUCCCCUACGACCUGGGCCGGCGCUGGGAGAACUUCAAACAGGUGUUCACCUGGUCAGGGAGCCCAGAGGGCGACGGCAUUCAAUGGCCCAUCCACGCCAAGUGUCACCAGCACACCUUAACCAUUGAGCAACUGAAACAAAAAGCUGACAAGCGGGUGAGAAGUCAGAUUCAGUAUCGGGUAGUGGAGGACUACAACGGAGCCUGCUGCCCACUGAGCAAGGGCUUCAACACCUUCUUCAGGACUCCCUGCACCGAGGAGCCCCGCAUCGGCCUCCACAAGGGGGAGACCAUCCUUGCCACCCGGGGGACCAAAUGGUGGAUGUAUGGGGACAAAGUGCUGGAUGACGAGCAGACUAAAGCUGGAGCUCGCCUGCGGGGUUGGUUUCCCCGCCGGUGCGUAGAGAAGUGCCAUUACGACACAGCAGUGACUAGUGCAAUGACCAGUGAGACCAGCAGUGAGGAGAAGAAAGUGAAAUAAGUUUAUGACAUUCAGAUUUGCCACAAGGCAGGGAGUGGUAUGACGCCCAAUUCCUGGAGGUCUGCAUUGUCUCUUGUCUUUCUCCUUGGUAAUAUGUAAUACUAUAUGCCACUGAACAGAUGAUUUUUUAAUUCAAGCGAAGUACAGUGAGUGAUGUGUAUGUGUUCCCUGUGGAAAAUGAACCCGCUACCUCGGUGCCACCAGCGCCAUGCCCUUACCAACUGAGCCACCGAGGUCUUUGUGUGUCUUUCAAUGGGUGAAUCGUAAUUGUAUUUUUGCGCUCUGGGCUUUGAAUACUGUUGAGACUCGCCCCCAGUCGCUCACCAACUAAGGAGUUCACAAUCCCGGGAUGUGUUUUGAUAGUCAAUUACUUGGCAAAGUGACUUUCACCCUUCGUCUGUACUGAUCUGGAAACGUAGGCUCAAUGAGAGCAAUAUGGUGAAUGCUUACAGACUUUUUUUCAUUCACCUGUCAAAAUCACAUCAGUGCAGAUAAGGAGAGGAAGCCACUUUAGCCUAUUGAAAUACAUCCCUGCUUUCCCAGGUCAAAAUCGGAUACUAGUUACAAGGAAACAUUUUCAUUUUAGCAGACACUAUAAUUCAGAGCGAUUUACAGGAGCAGUUAGGGUCAAGUGCAUUGCUCAAGGGCACUGACAGUUUUCACCUAGUCAGCUCGGCGAUUCAAACCAGCGACCUUUGGGUGACUGGCCCAAUGCUCUGAACCGCCAGGCUACCUGCAUACGCCCCUGGCCUCCAGGAGUUUAGUUUGAUACCGCUGCCAUAGAAAGAGACAACUAUAGUCUUAAACAAUAGGGAUUUCAUUUGUUUAGGAGUUGGGCCUUUUACUUGAAUCCGCUGUUUUAUAAUUUUUCCUGAUGUCCUUUGCCGAUUAUACAAUUAUGCAAAUUCCUCUGCCCAGCUUUAACCCAGGGCUUCGUCAUGCAAUUUCUUCUCUGUAUUCUUUGUACAGCCAAAAGAAAAUGCUAACUUUUGUUUUAAUUUUUUUAAUUGUUCUUAUUAUUUUUGUAAAACACUGUCACCCUCAAAGUGAAUAAAAAAAUGAAACAUGUCCUUCCCUAUAA